CCGGGGGUUUCCAAGGGCGAGCGUUUUGCAGACAACAACUUGGUUCGUAGAAGUUGCGAUGGAUGCGGGCAACCUCGAAUGGGUCGACAAGAUCAUCGCCAAGCUCCUCACGGUGCGCGACAAGCCGGUGCAGACCGAGGUGACGGACCUCGACAUUGAAGAGAUCAACGCGCUCUGCAAGCAUUGCCGGAACAUUUUCCUGGCGCAGCCCAUGCUACUCGAGCUCAACGUACCCAUGAACAUUUGCGGCGACACGCACGGCCAGUACUCGGACUUGCUGCGGCUCUUUGAGAUUGGCGGCUUUCCAGAGCUCAAGAACUAUCUCUUCCUCGGCGACUACGUCGACCGCGCCAUGCAGAGCAUCGAGACCAUCUGCCUCCUCUUCGCCUACAAGAUUAAGUUCCCCACGCGCAUGAGUCUCCUGCGCGGCAACCACGAGUGCGCGUCCAUCAACCGCAUCUACGGCUUUUACGACGAGUGCAAGCGCCGGUACAACGUCAAACUAUGGCGCACGUUUGCCGACUGCUUCAACUGCAUGCCGGUCGCUGCCAUUGUCGGCGACAAGAUUUUCUGCAUGCACGGUGGGCUCUCGCCAGAUCUGUACAAGAUGGACCAAAUCAAAAACAUCCGCCGGCCCACCGACGUGCCGGACGAGGGGCUGCUCUGCGACCUCUUGUGGGCCGACCCGGACGCCGACAGCCACGGCUGGACCGAGAGCGACCGCGGUGUCUCGUACAUCUUUGGCGCCGACGUCGUUGAGCAGUUCCUCGAUACGCACGACUUGGAUCUGGUCUGCCGCGCGCACCAGGUGGUCUCGGACGGCUACGAGUUUUUUGCCGGCCGGAAGCUCGUCACGAUCUUUUCGGCGCCCAACUAUUGCAACGAGUUUGACAACGCCGGCGGGAUGCUCGUCGUCGACGCCAACAUGUCGUGCUCGUUCAAGGUCCUCUGCUCCCAGGACGGAUAAGAGAGUAGGUCCUUUUGGUCUAAGGACAGAAUGACACGAUGCAACGA